GGGCUGCACUGAGAGGGCGGACUUACAUCUGAACCUGACAGCUACACUGUGGUGAAUAGCUCAAAAGAUUCAAAAAUCUGGGAGAAAGUGCCAAGAAGACAGGAGUCUAAGGUUGCGAGUGUCUGACAGUAGAUAAGCCAAAGAGCGAGAGAGAGAGAAACUUUGAAGAUGACACCUGCCAGUUUGGUGUUAGGCUGGUUCCUGCUCGCUGUGAGGACAGUCAACUCUGCUGUGUAUCUGGACCCUGAGGAAGAGGGGUCAGGGGGACAGGAUGUAUUUGUAGUACCUCUGACUCCUUCCUCUCGCCUCGAGCUGAAUGAAACUGUCCUCUGCACCAAUGACCUGAUGAAGGUGGUCAUUCCCAGUGCCUUCUUCCUCAACAAAGAGCCACCCGUUUAUGUCUGGGAUUUGCACCUAAAUGACCCGGAAUGCCGUGGUGUUGAGGUUGGAGAUGACUAUGUCUUCAGCAUCAAGACUAAUCUCUCUGACUGUGGGACGAUCAUGGCAUCUGAUGAUACACAUAUUAUGUUCAUAAACACCAUACGCAACAACGAUUUGGAUGUCGUCACAAGGAACUACAUCAACAUCACGUUCGUCUGCCGUUACCCGAUAAACUACAUGGUACAGCAGCCCAAUGGGGAAAACAUGAUCAGAGUGGAUGUCAAGACCAUCACUCUGAACACAGAAGAUGGGAACUUCUCUGUGUCCAUGCUGCUUUAUAAAGACGAAGACUUUGAGGACAAGUGGACCACUGUGCCCUCGCUGACCCUGGACGACAACAUCUACGUUAAAGUGUUGAUGAUACCGGCUCAUCUUUUGCUGCGUGUGGAGAGAUGCUGGGCUACCCCAACCAACGACCCGUACAGCAACAUCCAGUACACCUUCAUCAAGGACAGCUGCCCCGUUUUGUCAAACGAACCGUUGACAGUGCUGAAGAAUGGACAGGGGCCAGAGGCUAUGUUCAGGAUACAAAUGUUCAAGUUCGUGGGCAGCUCUUACAAGGAUGUGUUUCUCCACUGCAAUGUUCAGAUCUGUCACAACACACUUGGGGUCUGUCAGCCUAACUGUUCUGGUGAGGAUAACAAUGGGCGGAUGAGAAGAGAUGUCACUACGGCCCAUACAGUAUCUUAUGGACCAAUCAGGCGACGUCUGCCUGAGAGUGACCAACCCAGCCUGAACGCUGGAGGUGUGCCCUCGGUGGAGACCUUUGUCCUGGGAGGCCUACUUGUGUUCCUGCUGCUGUUCACUGGAGUGUUUGGGAGGCUGUGGCUGCGAACCAGGCGCUCCUACCCAACACAGGAGGCUCAGCUCACCUUGUCCAACAUACACCACAACUCAGAGGUGGCCCGCUGAUCUAACCCAGCAGUUCAAGCAAUGAGAACUGAUGUGAACCGGUGCACGCAGACAGAUGCACACAUAAACACAAAUUACAUUUCUGCAUAAGGAAAGAGGAAAGUAUGAAUUGACUGUAGGUUGGGGUGUAAAUAAAAUCUCACUGUAGAAAUUAGAGGGAUUUUGAAGAUGUAAAUGAGAACAUGUCUCUGCAAGGAGUGUUCUGUGUUGUUUGUAGAGAAAAAUAAAGGUAUUUCAAAGA